GACGUAAAAUUCAAAAUGGCCGACUUCCUGUUGGUUUUAGGGCAUCGCUCCAAGAGGCUUUUUUGUGCGUCUGGACAAGAUACACGUACCACAGGCCGUGCUCUGGCCCUAAUCAGUCUCAGAUUGCUUUUCUCUCCACUUGCCUCAGGGCUUUCAGUGACAAGAUAUAAAUGCCAAUUCUCCUCCAGAGCGCCCCUCACAGGAGCACACCACGUGGUGGGUGACUUCAGCUCAGCUCUCAGGCUGGUUGACUCGGAGCUGGCAGGCCAGGCUGACCAGGUCUGGGUUAUAGGAGGCAGCUCUCUCUACAAGGAGUUGAUGGAAAGCUCGGGGACCAAGAGACUGUAUGUCACACGGAUCCUGAAGCAGUUUGAGUGUGACACAUUCCUCCCAGAAAUCAGUCCAGACAAAUAUCGUCUACUGCCAGAGUCUCCAGGAGUGCUACAAGAGCUGCAGGAGGACAAUGGUAUCCAGUACAGAUUUGAAGUCUAUGAGAGCAUUGAUCAGUGAAGAGGAAUUUUAAAGAAUCACUAGUGCAGCAUUGACAUUGUUCUGGUACCCAUUUACAAAAUCACAAGGAUUUUUUAAAGCAAUUUGUACAGUGGGGAUGUCAUAAGUUGUAUUUUUUUUCUCAGUUGAAAUUGACACUGAUUGUUGAAUAAAAGUCUUAGAACUUGG